AUGAAACCAUCAACGUUUUUACUGAUAGUCUUCUAUAUCACCACAGUAUGGGCCGUGUCUAUGUCCAAGGCCAUAGUUUCCGUCAAUGGAAAGACAAUUGAGUACGGUGAGAUCUCCACCUUGGAGAUCAAACAAUUACCUAUUGAAUCAACCAAGGAUAAGAUCGAUUUUGAAAUUUACUUGAAAGAUAUUCAAUCCCAACCCCAUCAAAUGAUCAUUUCCUUAGGUAAUGGUAAUGGUUUAGAUUUCUCCUUAUUCCCUAAGUUCAACGUAGCUAAAAAAGCUUUGAAAGCUUCCAUUCCAGCUUCAAAAUUACCUUUAAACAUCAGAAACUUGGAUAAAAUCAUCAUAAAAUUAAUCAUUGGUGAUUCAAGUCAUGAAAAUUUGAUCAAGAACUUGGGAGAACUUGUUCCAACUGAAGAUUUCAAGAAAUUGGUUCCAUAUAAAUAUCACGAAAGAAUCGGUCUCAAGCCAGAAAUUCAUCAUAUUUUCAGAACAAGUCCUGAAACCAUUAACCCUAUUUUCCCAAUAGUUUUCAUUGGUUUCAAUGCUGUGGUAUUCUUAGCUAUAGUAGCCACCUGGUUUUCUAUUCCAACUAUCUUCAGCAAUUUCAAAGGUAUUAGUGGAGGUCAAUUAGCUACCAAUGCUUCAUUCUUAUCAUGUAUCGUAGGAUUUGAAAUUGUUUUCGUACGUUACUAUUUGGGACAAACCAUUUUUACAACCAUGUUCCAUUGUUUCCUUUUAUCCAUCCCUUCAAUUCUUUUAGGAUCAGGAACUUUCAGAUGGUUAGCAGGUUUAAGAAAAAUUGGCAGAUGUUAG